UUCCCUUCCCCUCCCGCCGCCGCCAUGGCGGCCCUGCCCCGCCACCGCCGCUUCCUCGGCGGCUUCGUCUGCGGGGCCGCGGCCGGGGCCGCCGCCUCCUGCUGGGCAGCGUGGCGGCUCCUCCGCAGCCAGAGCCAGCCGGAGCCGCGCCCCGGGCGGGCUGCGGCACAGGAACCAAUAGAAGAGGCUCUGCUGGAAAGAUAUGGAUUUCCUGAGGCUGGAACAGAGACCAGAUGUUACACAAAUCAUGCACUGUCUUAUGAUCAGGCAAAACGGGUGCCUAGAUGGGUGAUUGAACACAUUUCAAAACAAAAGAUGCUGGGUGAUGCAGACAGAAGGCACUGUAAGUUCAGACCAGACCCUAACAUCCCUCUGAUGUUCAGUGCUGUCAAUGAAGACUACCUUGGCAGUGGAUGGUCACGAGGACACAUGGCACCAGCAGGAGAUAACAAAUUUUCAACAAGAGCUAUGGCUGAAACGUUUUAUCUGUCUAACAUUGUCCCUCAGAAUUACGAAAAUAAUGCUGGGUUUUGGAACAGAAUGGAAAUGUACUGUCGGGAAUUGACUGAGAGAUUUGAAGAUGUUUGGGUUGUUUCUGGACCUCUUACCUUGCCUCAAACAAAUGAUGAUGGAAAGAAGAGUGUAACUUAUCAGGUAAUUGGAAAGGAUGACGUGGCUGUGCCAUCCCACCUGUACAAGGUGAUCCUGGCCAGGCGCAGCAGGACGUCCUCGGAGCCCCUGGUGCUGGGGGCUUUCGUGGUGCCCAACCACCCCAUAGGCUUCAGCCACCAGCUCACUGACUUCCAGGUCAGCGUUGAAGACCUGGAAAAAAUGUCAGGUUUAGUUUUCUUCCCCCAGCUGGACAAGAGCAAAGAUGUUAAGAACAUCUGUGAGGUGGAUAGCUGCAGACUGCUGGGCUUCAAGGAGUUCACGCUGUACAUCACGGGCCGCAGAGUGCGCAGCGCCCGCACGCUGCCCCGGCUGCAGAGAGCCAUGGCAGAGCUACAGGAGGCAGGCAUCCAGCCUGAUGACUACCUCCUGCAGCUCUACAAGAAGAAGGAGGAAGAACUGCUGCAGGAAAAGCCAGCUAGAGAGGGGAGAGCUGGCUGAGUAUGCAGGAUGUUGUUUGGCAUUUUGGAAAAAGAGGAACUGAAAGCAAACGUGGAGAUAAGGCUCCUUGAAUCAUCCUUUCUUGAGCUGUGAAAACAAUAAAGAAAUAUCUGGAAGCUGA